GCUCUGUGCAUCGAUAACUUCAUACUUUUUUAUGAACAGAAUAUUUCUGGAAAUUUCGACUUGCAAGAGAGCCGCGCCGGAAUCGCGCCAACAAAACGUCGUUAAAGAAGCCACCGAAACCACUGCCGGAUCCAGGGACGAGCUAAUUCCAUUUCCCUUUCAUACAGCAGCAGCAACAGCCAGCAGCAAAUCGCCGAAGCAUCAACGAUGGCCAAAUGGGGAGAAGGAGACCCGCGUUGGAUCGUCGAGGAGCGCCCUGACGCCACCAAUGUGAACAACUGGCAUUGGACCGAAAAGAAUGCGACGCCCUGGUCCAAGGAAAGAUUGCAUCAGUUGUUCAAGGACUUUAAAAUAGAGCAUAGCGACACCGAGUGCUUGAUCGAGGCGGUGGACAAGUGCCAGGGCGAGGCGACCGUCAACAAUCGUAAGGGCAAGCUCAUAUUCUUCUACGAUUGGGAGCUGGUGCUUAAGUGGUCCGGCCUGCUGCUCAAAAACAGCAAACUCUCGCACAAAGGGAAACUCACCAUACCGAAUUUGUCGGAGGAGAACGACCUGGAGGAUGUGGAGAUCACUGUGACCAUCGACGAGUCCAACGACGAGUCGGAGAAUCUUAAGCAAUUCAUGUACAAUGUUGGGCGGGAGAGCAUUCGCAAGCAGUUGGGCGUCUACAUCAAGGAGCUGAAGGAGGAGUACUCCAAAAACUUGAUUCUACCAAAGAAGGGCGAUGAGGGCGGUAACUCCUACAACAGUGCCAGCUUGAAGGAUUCCAACAAUGCCAAGAAUGCGGCCCAAAAGGCAGCUGCCUCGGUCUCCACAGCCAAGGGCCACAACUCGAAGGUUGGCUGCAAACUGGACGUUCGCACCCUUUCGAUGACCGAGGAGUUCCACUGCAACGCCAAUGAUCUGUACAGUGCCCUUACCAAACCCGAUAUGGUAUCCGCCUUUACACGGGCACCCGCCAAAGUCGAUCCAGUGCGCGGUGGAGAAUUUGUUCUCUAUGGCGGCAAUGUUUUGGGAAAAUUCGAGGAGCUCAUCCCGGAGAAAAAGAUACAGCAGAGUUGGCGUCUAAAAAACUGGUCCUCUGGUCACUACUCGAAUGUGCUCAUAGAGCUUGAGGAGACUUCUUCCAGCACCGUGAUGACGCUCAAGCAGACCGGCAUUCCCGCCUCCGAGUACGAUGCUAUGAAGACCAAUUGGCAUCGAUACUACUGGCAUAGCAUCAAGCAGACCUUUGGCUUUGGCACCUCCAUUGCAGAUUCUUUAUAAGCAGGAGAACGCGAUCCCUUUCGAGGAGGCGGGAAAGUACUGACUUAGGUUGGGACUACUUUUUGUAACUGACAGUAACUGAGCUGCUCGAAAUUCAUUCAUUUCUGCUAUAAUUUCUGUUGAUCUUUCAAACAAUUCUUUAAAUCGAAAAUUACCGAUCUUCAGAAGCAGCUACAGUGAAACCAAACUACAUAC